AUGGCGGCGCUGUGUGUAGCUCGCAGCGGCUGCAGAGUGCUUCAUGGGCUCAGCCUGUCCGUGAAGGAGAGGAUCGACAACAAGCGAAGAGCCGCGUUGGUUGGCGGAGGUCAACACAGGAUUGAUGCACAACACAAAAGGGGAAAGCUGACAGCCAGGGAGCGAGUGGAGCUUCUACUGGACCCAGAAUCAUUUGUGGAGUCGGACAUGUUUGUGGAGCAUCGCUGCUCGGAUUUUGGCAUGGAACAGGAUAAAAACAAAUUUCCUGGUGACAGUGUGGUGACCGGCCGAGGCAGAAUAAAUGGGCGACUCGUUUAUGUGUUCAGCCAGGACUUCACAGUGUUUGGUGGCAGCUUGUCUGGAGCGCAUGCACAGAAAAUAUGCAAAAUAAUGGACCAGGCCAUGAUGGUCGGGGCGCCAGUGAUUGGAUUAAACGACUCUGGUGGAGCUCGAAUUCAAGAAGGUGUCGAGUCUCUUGCAGGAUAUGCAGAUAUUUUCUUGAGGAACGUCAUGGCGUCCGGUGUCGUGCCUCAGAUCUCCCUCAUCAUGGGCCCCUGCGCUGGAGGAGCAGUCUACUCACCAGCACUGACUGAUUUUACAUUCAUGGUCAAGGACACAUCGUACCUGUUCAUUACGGGUCCAGAUGUUGUAAAAUCAGUCACAAAUGAAGAUGUAACUCAGGAGGAGCUGGGAGGAGCUAAAACACACACCACCGUCUCUGGUGUGGCUCACCGGGCGUUUGAAAAUGACAUUGACGCGCUUCUCAACCUGAGAGAGUUUUUCAACUUCCUUCCCCUCAGUAACAAAGAUCCCGCACCCGUCAGAGAGUGUCACGACCCAAGCGAUCGCCUGGUGCCAGUUUUAGACACCAUUGUACCGUUUGAGACGACCAAAGCCUACGACAUGUUGGACAUAAUACACGCUAUUGCAGACGAAAGGGAGUUUUUUGAAAUUAUGCCCAAUUACGCCAAAAAUAUUGUGGUGGGAUUUUCACGAAUGAAUGGACGCACCGUGGGCAUCGUGGGGAACCAGCCCAAAGUGGCGUCUGGUUGUCUGGAUAUUAACUCUUCAGUAAAAGGAGCACGCUUUGUUCGUUUUUGUGACGCCUUCAACAUCCCCAUCGUUACUUUUGUGGAUGUACCAGGGUUCCUGCCAGGUACAGCGCAGGAGUAUGGAGGCAUCAUCAGACACGGAGCCAAACUGCUCUAUGCUUUCGCUGAGGCAACCGUUCCCAAAAUCACCAUCAUUACAAGAAAGGCGUACGGCGGAGCUUAUGACGUGAUGAGCUCCAAACAUUUACGAGGAGACGUGAAUUACGCCUGGCCCACUGCGGAGGUCGCUGUGAUGGGUGCAAAGGGCGCCGUUCAGAUCAUCUUCAGAGGGAAAGAGAACCAGGCCGAGGCGGAGGCAGAAUAUGUGGAAACAUUUGCAAAUCCCUUCCCCGCUGCUGUCAGAGGUUUUGUGGACGACAUCAUCGAGCCAGCAACGACUCGAAAGAAGAUUUGCAGAGAUCUGGAGGUCCUGGCCAGUAAGCAGCAGACCAAUCCCUGGAAGAAGCACGCCAACAUUCCUCUAUGA